GCGAGCGGAAGUGACGCACUGGGCGGUGAGGUGGCUGGAGGGCGGCUGCGGCGGGGCUUGGUCCGUCUCUCGUUGUCCUCUUUCUUCCCGUCCUUCCUUCCUCGCUUCCCGCCAUGUCGGCGCCCGGAGGAGCCGGAGGAGAGUUCGGCAACCCUCUGCGCAAGUUCAAGCUGGUUUUCCUCGGCGAACAGAGCGUUGGAAAGACCUCCCUGAUCACCAGAUUUAUGUAUGAUAGUUUUGACAACACUUAUCAGGCAACUAUUGGAAUAGAUUUCCUCUCAAAGACCAUGUAUUUAGAAGACCGUACGAUCAGGCUGCAGCUGUGGGACACAGCCGGCCAGGAGCGAUUCCGCAGCCUCAUUCCCAGCUACAUCCGGGACUCUGCUGCGGCUGUCAUUGUCUUUGACCUUACAAAUCUAAAUUCCUUCCAACAAACCUCCAAAUGGAUUGAUGAUGUGAGAACAGAAAGAGGAAGUGAUGUCAUCAUCAUGCUGGUGGGGAAUAAAACUGACCUUGCAGACAAGAGACAAAUUACUACAGAAGAAGGCGAGCAGCGAGCUAAGGAACUGAGUGUGAUGUUCAUUGAGACCAGUGCAAAGACUGGCUAUAAUGUGAAACAGCUCUUCCGUCGUGUGGCUGCUGCCUUACCUGGGAUGGACAGUACUCCUGAGAAAAGCAAAGACGACAUGAUCGACAUCAAACUAGAGAAACCUCCUGAGCAGCCAGUAACGGAGAGCGGCUGCUCCUGCUAAAGAAUCCGGUUGUGUGGCGACUCCUUCCCGAUUGGCCAGUCCAGUCUCACUGAAGAGCAUCACUUUUCAUUGACUAGAGAAACGUAACUUUACUGAGGGCCAAAACCCCCAGUCUAAUACGCAAUUGAGCCCCCUGUACUGUGGAGAGCCUUGGCUGCUCCCUCCUACUGCAUGGUGUGAACCCUCUGAUGUGUCCUGUCCCUCGUUGGUUGUUGCACUUGGGUGCUGUGGCACCUUUUUUACUAGGUUUCCUAUCUUGGGCGUGUUCACCUAGCUGUGUCGUCCUACGAUGCAAAAAAGGGAGGAUACAGCAAAGGAGCUAGUGGAGCUAGGGCUUCCCCUACUUCUUUACUGCUGCUUUUUAUUCAUCCAUCUUCCAAAGGUUGCUCCUUCAGUUUCGUUUGGCCAUGCCCUUCUUGCAGUGGGAGGUGUCUUGCAAAUGCCAGUGCAGACUUCCUGCAGGGUGCUCUUAGUUACCUGCAGCUCACUUCCCUGUCUGUCCUCCUUCCCUGAGGAUGGAGGGGAGGGACGAAAAUAGCUUUGAACUAGCUGUUUCAACUUUAGACUUCCCUUUCAUCACAAUAGACUGGCAUAGCUACCUUUAGUUGCAGAUAGCCUACCCCUUUCUCUGAAGGAUUUUGGUGCUUAGUUAAUAAUCAGACAUGGAUGGGGAAGAUGGGCAAAACUGGACUGAUUGAAGUGGAAAGUCUUAUGUGGGAAGCCUGGUUCCUGCAUGGUGAUGACCAAGGAGUCUCAGAAUUGGGAUAUGGGUAUUCUCAAAUGAUUUCUUGUACCUCUACUCCAUUUUCCUCCCUCACCCUAUGCAUUCAGCAAGGUCUCUUUCUAAAUGAGCUGUGAACUCCACAGUUUCUAGCGGAAUUAAAACAGGGACAUGUAAAUUAGGAUCAGACAAAUGCCAGGAGCUGCUAUUUUUAUAUAAUUUAUCACUCGUGUAUCAUUUUAAAUAUGCAAAGUGCUUUAUAUUUACCUUCAUAUUUCAUACUUCCGUUAUGGUAUUUCCCCAGAUGGCUAUGGACAAGCACACUCAUACCUCCUUUGGGUGAGUCCAUGUGUAGAUAGGACUCUCAUUUGAAUUAUGUUUUCAUUCUCACCUGUCUUCAGAGUCUAAAGUGAAUGACAUAUUCUCCUUGAAUUGGUCCAGCCGUUGUAUAUGAAGUGAUAUAUAGGGGUUUUAUGUUUUGGUGUAAUGCUUUUCCCUCCCUCUCUCCUGAACCUGCUUUGGCAAGUUCUGAAAUUUUACAAUUUAUUAUACAAGGGAAGAUACUUUAAUCUGUGUCUGAUGUCUGCUUGCUCUACAUAAGAAUGACUUGUGUACUGAAAGUUUUUAGAGGUGAAAAACCUACAGAUCUGAUGAACCGAUUUAGCACAGAAUGUGUUUUGAAAUACCUCCCUUCCCCCCACUUGCUAUUGAAAACCUUUCUAAAGUGCAUGUUAUCCUAGGAGACAGGUAGAACAUAACAUGACUUGAGUCAUUGUGACUGCUGGUAUUUGUUGGAUACAUAACCCAUUUUGUUUGGUUUGAGAUUGUUUUUGUCCAUUUCGGAAGGCAAAAAACGUAAUCCCUAGCUUCACGCCUAUUCCUGUACUUCUGAGUCUGAUUCUGGAGAACCUUCCUGUCACAUUUGUAUAUGCAUGGGACAUGAUUCUUCUUUGCUGGAGGAGAGUAGUCCAGCUUUCUCCAUGUGGUGUCCUCUAAGUUGUCGACUACAGUUUCCGCAAUCUCACAGAAAGUCCAUCUGGAGGUCACUAGGUGGAGAACACAGCUGUAGGAAUGUAUGCGGAAGGAACUCUGAAGAGUAGGAACAAGACUUCUUCCAUAACUGUUUUGUUUGGCUGUGAUUUGGAAUGAAGGAUACUUCUUCCCUGUAACUACAGGAAAGACUUGUGACUUCUUCCAUCAUCUGUCUGUUCUGUCAUGCUUCAGCUGGGCUUGGCCUGAGUUUAGGACAAGAAAAUGCUAUCUCCUUGGCCAGAGAAGUGUUUCAAGAAGGACAGUAGGAGUGCACUAAAUAAAGGUCUCAGCACAGCAUUAGAAAAGUUCCCUCUUCCACAUCUGAAGACUCAAUUAAAAUUCCUGAGUGUGUCUAGCAAGAGAGGAGAUAGCUGUGCCUUGGGUAUGUUAACAGGACCUUCUCCCACAAAGUGUGCUCCCAUUUUCAGAUUCUAGCUGCUGAAGUGACUGUUAUUCUCCCCGCAUGGUCUUAGUGCAGAGCGUUAUUCCCUUCCUUGCCCUUUUAAAAGUGCCCUUGGUCCUUAUUUCUGACUUUAUCAGGCUGGCUUUUCUUUCUGACAGACUCUCAUCCCCUCAAGAGUUGCAUGGCUGGGAGAAAUGCCACUUUAUCACUUCAGAGACUACUUGUCAAGUUUUGCUCAUUUUUAAUUAGUGCAUUAUUGUAAAUUCAAAGUAUCUGCAAAGUAUGACAUAAAUUCUUCUAACAAGAGAGAAUACAAGAAUUAUUACAAGUCUUUUACUUCUGGAUCUUUUUGUAUAUUUUAAUUAUUUCCCUCAAAAUGUGGCUACUGCUCCAAUGAGGAGUUCCCACUUAUUAUUUUGCAAUAAAGGGAAGCCUUGUUGCAUAUAGAUGGUUAGUGUGCUUGCAGGGCUGUACUGAGCUGUACCGCUAAAAUGAGCAUUGGUACCAUUUAAGUCUGGUUUCCAUGCUCAGUGUACAGUGGGUUUCAGACCUGUGUGCACAAUGUAAUGUCUGCAUUAGGCAAUCACAUUCGUCACCCAAUUCCAACAAUCCAUCCUCUCCUUUUGUGGAUAUCAUUCUUAUGUGUGCAUAGCGAUGGGUACACACAAUGCCUCAUUUUUCCCAUCAGAUUUUGAGAUUGGCGGGUCUGUGAACAGUCCCUUAGCCUUGGAGGCAAAGAUCUACAUUGCUUUGACAUUCCAAUUCAUUAUUUCAGAGCAUUAACAUUAAUGUGUGCUUUUCGUUAUUCCCAAUCCUCUUCCAUCUUGAAAGCUUCGGAGAGGUAAGUCUAUACAUUUCUCAGCAAACAGUUCCCAUCCCACCCAUCCCAAGCUACUUCUGAGAGUGUCUGCCACAUCUGUGCUGCCUAGAGUUUCUUUAGCAUUCUUCUGUUUGUCUGUCUGAGCAUAGAUACCCUAGACAUUAAAAAUGAAAUAAAACACCUUUCCCCCCUCCUCUUUCUCCUCAAUAAUCCUUCCAGCAGAACUACCAGGGCUAUAAGCCUGUCCCCAUCAGUCACUGCAAAGGCCUGCACUCACCCUGUGUAUAUAUCCCCUCUGUUGCGUGGGAAUUGCUGAUGUCCUGUCGGUGUCUGUUUCUCUCUCUCUCUUUGCAGUUGAACUGGUGCCACUCUGCCUUUUGCACUGGCAGCCCAGUCCUGCCACUGCUGUUGUGGUGUUCUCUCAAAAUGCGCUGGAAACUUGCCUUUCCAGAGAAUAGGGAUUUAAAUAUAUAUAUAUACAUGUUUAUGGGGAGGGAUGGGGGCGUUGGGCAGACAGCGGGGGAAACCUAGUGAAUGACACUGUUCAGUUUCCACUGCCUUCUCUGUGGAUGUGUAUAAUAUUUAAGUGUGUGUCUCUGGCUCUGCUGUCUCCUAGCUGUUAGCCAAGUAAGUGACUCUUAAUAUAUGAAUAUUGACUGUCAGAUUACAGCUGUGUAUCACACUAAAUAAAGUUAAUUUCACCA